AUUUUGAUUCGCACCAGAUCAAGAGGUCAAAGGUUGUCUUCGGCAAAAAACAAAGUGGUCGUCUGCUAGCAGCUCCCCACUAAAACCGAUGUCGUAUGGCUGAUCACUGGUUUUAUCUGCUUAUAUCUUCCCCUUAAGUGCAUUUUGGCAGAGGAAGAAAUUUGUUACUGAAGACCAUGUCUGAAAAAGACAGACGGUUGUCUUCUGCGAGCUCGACGUCGACUGCAACGGAGAGGGGAGGGGGGCAGGAGAGAGAGAAGCUACAGUUGCUGUCCCUUUCCACUGGCAAGUUUAUGGACAUUCCAGAGAAAGACAGGAUUGGUAAAUGUCGGAGUGUUCAAGAGUUUGAGAAACUCAACAGACUCGGCGAGGGCACCUAUGGCAUAGUUUAUCGAGCCAGGGACACACGGUCCGGAGAGAUUGUUGCUCUUAAGAAGAUGAGGAUGGAUCGGGAGAAGGAUGGACUGCCCAUCAGUGGGCUACGUGAGAUCACACUGCUGCUGAAUGUGACCCACAGGAACAUUGUUGACCUGAAGGAAGUAGUGGUGGGGACCAAGAGUCUAGAAAGCAUCUUCCUGGUCAUGGAGUACUGUGAACAGGACCUGGCCAGCCUGUUAGAUAAUAUGGACACCCCAUUCUCAGAGGCACAGGUGAAGUGCAUCAUGCUGCAGGUGUUCAAUGGGCUGGAAUAUCUCCAUGACAACUUCAUCAUCCACAGGGACCUGAAGGUUUCCAACCUCCUCAUGACAGACAAGGGCUGCAUCAAGAUUGCUGACUUUGGUCUUGCCAGAACAUUUGGACUGCCACCCAAGCCUAUGACCCCCAGAGUUGUGACCCUCUGGUACAGGUCACCUGAGCUACUGCUGGGGGCCAAGACACAAACUACAGCUGUAGACAUGUGGGCUGCUGGUUGUAUAUUUGGGGAGCUUCUGGCCCAUAAGCCUUUGCUUCCAGGCAGAUCAGAAAUCCACCAACUGGAACUUAUUGUGGAAUUGCUAGGUACCCCAAGUGAGGCCAUCUGGCCUGGUUUCUCACAGCUGCCAGCAUUAGAACAGAUCAGCCUGAAGAAGCAGCCCUACAACAACCUAAAACAUCGCUUCCCUUGGCUGUCUGAAGCUGGACUCAGACUCCUCAACUUCCUCUUCAUGUAUGAUCCUAAGAAAAGGGGCAGUGCAGAAGAGUGCAUGAAAAGUUCCUACUUCAAAGAGAAGCCCCUCCCCACAGAGCCUGAGCUGAUGCCCACCUUCCCUCACCACAGGAACAGGAGAAGAAGUGUGCAGAGACCUGAGGCCAGACCAAAGGAUCAGGAUACAGCCUACAAAAGACCAGAUUUUGGACAAGCUUUCUCCUCUCCAGCAAAGAAGAUGAAGCUAUGACCAUUGACCAUCAACAAAAUGUACAGACACAGUGGCUGCAGAUCACCCAUGUUAGGCAAUACACAUCACAGCUCAGGCUGCCAUGCCCUGGAACAAUUUGUGAGCUGUUAGGUGAUAAAUCAGUGAGUUAUGCUUUAUGAUGGAGUUAUAUGACAACCUUAUUAGGUCAAGCAGCAUCCUUAGAACAAUCUGGAGGAAGUGUACAGAAGACAAAUGGUGGCAUUACCAUGAAUAAAGAAGGAACAUAUUUAUGCACAAUAUGUGGCACACUAAAUCUGAACCUAAGAAUCUAUAAAGAAUUAUACUCCUAUCCUAUGUUGUUAGCACUGGAGUGUUGUAUACAAAACAAUUUGUGUCAUAACAUGUUUGUAAUGUCUUUAGAAUUGUGCAACACAGGCAUGCUGUCACGACUUAAAUGUUUUUGUAAGGCUCUGAUUGCCCUUGCUCUUUGCACAAAAAGCUUUACUGUUUUUUUUUACUGUUUGUUCACCAGUGACUGAUGUUUGGUAACGCGUGAUUGGUUAAAGUUGGAAUAUACCAUCUUACAGAUUUCCAAAUUGUACUAGGUAACUGCAUAUCAUCAUUUAGUAUUUUUUUAAACUUAAUGUCGAACUUUUGUGAUCAUUUUAGUCUAUAUUACAUAAUUAAACAGAAUUACUUUAUAAAUGUGUGUUGCUCCUAUUUUGUUAUCUUCCAACUCAAGUGGUAUGCUUUGCAUCUAAUUCACUUCACCUGUGGAAACCUUAGUCCCCUGGAGACUCUAUUGUUUGUAAGUUGCCUAGUUGUUAAGCAAACAUAUUAUUUACAAAGUGUAAAGACAUCUGAUAUGGCCUAUUGUCUGCCAGUACUAUUUGACUUGAGAACAAAUAUGUUGCUAUGUAUCUAGCUAUGGGCCUUUAUUCACGGUAGAGUACUACAACACACAACAGCAGGAACCCAAAUCAUGGCUGUACCAUCAAGUUUGGGGAAGCAAAAGUAUGAAUCUCGGAGGGUCACCUUUGGUGGACAGGGACAAGGAGAAGGAGAGUUUGAUGGUCUGAGGGGUGUUACAGUAUCACACAAGGGAGACAUCUAUGUUGCAGACAGCGGGAACCAAAGAAUCCAAGUCUUCACCCUGAAGGGAAGAUUUGUCAGGCAGUUUCCAACGUUCGUGUCAUUUGAACAGAACAUGUACCCACUUGAUGUGGCCAUCGACAAGGAGGAAAACCUGUGGGUGGUGGGGGAGACAAGGCCUGGUGAUUUUGCCAUGCAGUACUCCAAAAAGGGCAGGGUGUUGAGGAAGAUCGACCUAAGGUAUACGGGGGAUAGAACGUCUUCUGGAGUUGCAGUGAACACCAGGAAGAACCACAUCCUUGUUGCACAAACCAUAAGAAGCUAUAAAAUGCAUGGUGAGGUGCAGGUGCUGAGGCCAGAUGGAACGUGUGUGAGAACUGUGGGUCGUUACCAGGGGAUGCAGGACCCACAGUAUAUAACUGUUGAUGGACAAGGCAACAUCAUUGUGUCAGACCUCUGUACCCACUCUGUCUAUGUGUACGAUGAAGACGGCCAGUUUGUGCAUAAGUUUGGAGAUGAAAGUCUGUGGAAGCAUCUCAUCUACGGCAUCUGUACAGACAAGUCAGGUAAUAUCAUUGUCGCAGUGUCCACCGGUGGGGUUGUGGACAUGUUCGAUAACACAGGCAGGUUUCUCAAACACAUCAUGACAGACGUAGGGCCUCCGUGGACUGUUGCCAUGGCAACAAAGGGGCGGCUUGUGGUGACUGAUUAUGACAGCAACACAGUCAACAUUGUUCCAAUUACUGAACCUGAUGAUGAGUGAAUAGAUCAGUGAACUUGUGUAAACACACACAAUGAGCAAGUGUACAAGUGUUUUUAAUGUCUGUUCUUUGUUUAGCUUGAAAAUAUUCAGAGAAAAAAUUCUACAUCAAAUCUCUUUUAUACUGUCCACAAAAAAAAUUCUAUAUCAAAUCUCUUUUAAUACUGUCCA